AUGGCAGGUACUAAAGAAAUCUACUCUUCUGACGAAGCUGAACGUUCAACUGCAGUUCCUUAUUAUACUCCAAGACAACCAGUUCCAGCAGGAACAUUUCUCCCAAAAUCAGCUAAUGAUUACAUUCCCCGAAUUUUCCAACCAAUUGCUAUUGGAAGUCUUGAGAUCCAAAACAGAAUUGGUGUCUCACCAAUGUGUACCUAUUCUGCUGAUGAUAACCUUGAAGCUACUCCAUUCCAUUUGAUUCAUUAUGGUGCUAUUGUUUCCCGUGGUCCUGGUAUUACCAUUGUUGAAUCUACCGCAGUUAGUCACGAUGGUGCGUUAUCUCCUCAUGAUUUGGGUAUUUGGACUGAUGAACAAGCACAAAAGUUGAAAUCAAUUGUUGACUAUGCUCAUUCUCAAGAUCAAAAGAUUGCUCUUCAAAUAAAUCAUGGUGGGAGAAAAGCUAGUGGUCAACCGUUGUUUCUUCACUUGGAGCAAAUUGCUGAUGAAUCAGUUGGUGGAUGGCCCCUGAAAGUUGUUGGUCCUUCUUCUGUUCAGUAUAGGAAAUAUGGUAAUUAUUUGACUCCUCGUGAAUUAACUAAGUCUGAAAUCAAAAGUAUUGUCCAAGACUUUGGUGAUGCUGCCAAGAGAGCUGUUGAAAUUAGUGGUUUUGAUGCCAUUGAAAUCCAUGGUGCUCAUGGUUAUUUGAUUAAUCAAUUCUACAGUCCUAUUUCUAAUAAGAGAACUGAUGAAUAUGGUGGAAGUUUUGAAAACAGAAUCAGGUUUUUAACUGAAAUAAUUGAUAACGUGAAGCUGAAGAUCCCAGAAUCAAUCCCUGUCUUUUUACGUAUUUCUGCUGUUGAAAAUAGUCCUAACCCUGAAGCUUGGACAAUUGAACAAUCCCAACAAUUGGCCGAUGUUGCUACUCAACAUGGGAUUUCCAUGAUUGAUAUUUCUUCAGGUGGUAAUGAUUCUCAACAAGUCUCUAGAUCAGAAUUGAAUUCCAAAGAUACAAAAUUACCAGUCCACGUCCCACUUGCUCGUGCAAUUAAGCAACAUGUUGGUAACAAGAUUGUUGUUGCUACUGUUGGUGGAUUACAUGAAGAUCCAGUUUUAGUUAAAGAUCUUCUUGAACAAGGUGUUUUUGAUCUUGCUUUGAUUGGUAGAGGAUUCAUGAGAAAUCCCGGGUUGGUUUGGGAAUUUGCUGAUAAGUUGGGUGUUAGAACUAAUCAAGCUAGACAAUUUGAAUGGGGAUUUUAUCCAAUGAAGGAACAAAUUGUUAAUUUGAUGGCAAGGGCUGCGAAUUUUGAACAGAAUUAGAGAGUUGUCUUUGUUUUCAUUGACUUUUUAUAGACUUAUAUAGAGAUUGCAAUGUUUUUG